AUUCAUCUAAUUUUAUCAUUGCGUGAUGGAGGAGCCUGGGGAAAUAAAUAAGGAUGGAUACUGACUGGGAAAUAUUGAGAGAAUAUGCUUACACCAUCGCAUUUUCUUUUGUAAUUUUUUCCUUGCUUGUUUAUCUUUUUGUUGGAUUUCUGAGACGCUUAUCAAUCACACCAAAGGUCCCCAUUUCGGUGCAGAAAGUGUUGAUUAUCACUGCCCAUCCAGAUGAUGAAUGCAUGUUUUUCUCACCAACCAUCCAAUCGUUAAUAAACUCAGGGAAUUUUGUUCACAUCUUGUGUCUUUCUAAUGGAAAUUUUUAUGGCUUAGGAAAAACCAGAUCACUUGAAUUAUUCAGCAGCUGUGAAACAUUAGGCGUUCCUCUUAGAAAUGUGUAUUUAUUCAAUCACAGUGACUUGCAAGAUCAUCCUGCACAUCCAUGGAAAAUAAGAGAUGUUGAGAAAAUCAUACUGCCUGUCAUGUACUAUUUACAGCCACACUUGGUCAUAACAUUUGAUAAUUAUGGUGUAAGUGGUCACAGCAAUCACAUUUCAAUUCAUGAUGCACUACAAAGUUUAUGUAACAAAAGAAUUCUUCCUAACAAUAUGCGGGCAUUCCAGCUACAAAGCACCAGUAUUCUUCGGAAAUAUGUCUCAGUUUUAGAUCUUCCUUUAACUCUCUUAACAUCCAAGUUUUUGGCUGUUGUAUCACCUUGGGGAUUAUUAAAAGGAUGGUGGGCCAUGUUGAAUCAUUGGAGCCAGUUUGUGUGGUUCAGGGCCCUGUACAUUGUAUUCUCUAGAUACAUGCUAAUAAACACACUGGAGGAAAUUCUCCCUCAAGAAGUAUGUCCCUCAGAAAUGGAGGAGGAGCAACCAAAGAAACAAAAAAGCAAAGAGCAUGGGGAACCCAAACCAAAAAGGAGAAGGAAAAACUGAGAGGGGGAUUAGAUUUAUAGAUAUUGAUUAAAAUGUUUUGUAGUAAUGAACUAAACCUCAGGCUAUUUUAUGUGAAUGUAUAAUACAGUAAAACAUGGUUACAUUGAAAACACUUACAAUGAAUACAAACAAAGUGAUUUUCAGAUCCUAUAUUUUGAAAACAUAUUAUUAAAU